AUGCCUGCCAAAGGAAAGUACCUGCUAAAUGAACGGGAGCAGAGACUAGAGGCACUCUACCGGAAGUUUUCCUGCAUCAGUCAGUACCAGCCACUGGUUCUGCUCCUGGGUCUCUCCACUCUGACCUGUGCCAGCUUCCUCAUCAUCUUUUUUUCUCUACAACUGAGAGCUGAGGACCACAGCGUGUUUGUGGGUGUGGUGAGUGGCAGUCUGUGUUUGUUUCUGGCCGUGUUUGUACUGGUGUGUACGGAGACUCUGCCCCAGCGCUGGAGAACCCUGCUGGGAGUUGCAGUUUGGGUCACACACCUUACCAUGGGCUUCACCUUCAUCUUCUGCGGAGGACAAAUCCAAGCUUGGGACCAGGUGCCAUUCUUUCUUUUCAUCAUUAUCAGUGUUUUCACCAUGCUGCCGUUUCGGAUGUCCUAUGCAGUCAUUCUCAGUGUGGUUACCUCCCUCUCACAUAUCAUCACCUUAACACUUUACCUCACUGUCAUAAGCCACGUCCGGAGACCCCACCUGGCCAGUCAGUUGCUGUCCAAUGUGGUGGUAUUCUUAUGUGGCAGUGUGGUGGGGGCCUUCCAUAAAGUACUGAUGGAGCGAGCUCUACGGCAAAGCUUCCAAGACACGCUGAGCUGCAUGGGCAUCCGCAUGAAACUGGAGAUUGAGAAGAGACAACAGGAGAACCUGUUGCAGUCAGUGCUGCCUGUCUACAUUUCCAUGAAGAUGAAGUUGGCCAUCUUGGAACGGCUGCAGGAGUGCAAAGACAAGGCAGACCAACAGAGGCUGGUCAAAGACAACAACUUCCACAGCCUCUACGUCAAGAGACACGAGAACGUCAGCAUACUGUACGCCGACAUUGUCGGCUUCACCCGACUGGCUAGCGAUUGCUCGCCCAAAGAGCUGGUGAUUAUGCUUAACGAGCUCUUCGGAAAAUUCGACCAGAUCGCCAAAGAAAAUGAAUGUAUGAGGAUUAAGAUCCUGGGGGACUGUUACUACUGUGUGUCUGGCUUGCCUGUCUCAUUACCCAAACAUGCGAAGAACUGUGUGAAGAUGGGCCUGGACAUGUGUGAGGCUAUUAAACAGGUUCGCGAGGCGACAGGCGUAGACAUCAACAUGAGAGUCGGUGUGCACUCCGGGAAUGUCCUCUGUGGUGUGAUUGGCCUCCGCAAGUGGCAAUUUGAUGUGUGGUCACAUGACGUCACCUUAGCCAAUCACAUGGAAUCUGGAGGUGUGCCGGGGCGUGUCCAUAUAACGGAGGCCACUCUGAAACACCUCAAUAAAGCCUAUGAGGUGGAGGAGGGCAACGGUCAUUUGAGAGACAACUACCUGAAAGAGCUCAAUAUCAAAACAUACCUGGUCAUCGACCCAAGGUCAAAGGAUCAGUCUGUGAGUGGCCGUACUGUUCCUAAGCCUCGCGUCAAUGAUGGUUUGAAGAUGAGAGCGUCUGUGCGGAUGACACGUUAUCUGGAGUCUUGGGGUGCGGUGAAACCCUUUGCUCACCUGCAGAGCAGAGAGGGCUUCUCUACAGAGCCCAUGGUUAACGGCAAAACACGCCCCAAGGACAUUCCUCUUCGAACGACUCAGUGCCCUAAGAUCACAGAGAGUUUUGAUGAGUCUCUGGAGGAGCCCUUCUCCUUGCCUGCCCCUCCAUUCAGCACCUAUAAGACAAAGUCUCAGAAGAGUAAACUUGAUGAGGAGGUACAUAAUGAGAUGGUGACUACCAUUGACGAACUGAGCUCUAGCAAGCAGUGGGUGACAUCUGAGGAGAUCCAGAGUCUGACUCUGUGGUUCACUAAGAGUGAGCUAGAGAAACAGUACAGAUUCACAGACCUGCCUGGCUUUAAAUUCUACAUUGGCUGUGCCACUUUCAUAUUCUUCUGUAUCUUUGUAAUUCAGAUGUUGGUGACCAAAGAGCCUAUAAAGCUGGGUGUGGCUUUUGCAGCGUUGGCGUGUAUCCUCCUGUUAACUCUAGGCAUCUGUUUUUCGGGUCACCUACAGAGAUUGUUCCCAGAGAAGCUAGCUUCUUGUCAGUGGUUACCAGCUGUUUCAGAGGCAGUGGUAAAGAGGCCUUGUGUACGCCUCCCCUUGGCAACGGUUGCCACGGCGGUCAUCGUAAUCAUUGCUGUCUUUAACCUGGGUUUUACCCAACCUCCCUUCACAUGUGGGCCCGACACCUAUAACAACCACUCAUGGCACAAUGAGGACGAACUCUUCUACCUGACGUAUUCAGUGUACAGUUGUAUCUUGGCAUUGAUCGCAUGUGGGGUAUUUCUAAGAGUGAGUUUUGAGGUGAAGAUGGCCUUUCUUCUCCUGGCCUCCACUGCUUAUUACAUCAUCAUCUUCUACUCCCAAAAACAUCUCUUCAGCAGCUAUGGCUGCGUGCUUUACAAUUUCACCAGAUGUUGUGCGACUAACACCUCUCUGGCGACACUGAAGGAGGCAGGACUCUUUAAACAUCCACAGUGUAUGAGCUGUGUCUACAUUACUCUGUUCCUCUUCACCAUGCUCCUCAUCUCACGUCAGAACGAGUACUGCUGGCGGCAGGACUUUUGGCUGAAGAAUAAGAACCAGACGGAACAGGACGAGAUCGAGACGCGAGAGAACCUGAACCGGCUCCUGCUGGAGAACGUGCUGCCGGCCCACGUGGCCACGCUCUUUGUCGGAGAGAAUAAGAAGAACGAGGAUUUGUAUUACAAAUCAUAUGACUGCGUUUGUGUGAUGUUUGCUUCUGUUCCGGACUUCAAAGAGUUCUACACAGAAUGCGACAUCAAUAAAGAGGGUCUAGAGUGCUUAAGGCUCCUCAACGAAAUCAUCGCCGACUUUGACGAGCUGCUGUCAAAGCCCAAAUUCAGUGGAGUGGAGAAGAUUAAGACCAUUGGAAGUACAUACAUGGCUGCAGCUGGGCUCAGUGGAACACCAGGACAGGAGAAUAACCAGGACCGGGAAAGGCAGCAGGCUCAAAUUGGAAUCAUGGUUGAGUUCGCUAUCGCACUGAUCGGAAAACUGGACGGAAUAAACAGACAUUCUUUCAACAACUUCCGGCUACGUGUGGGCAUUAACCAUGGCCCAGUGAUAGCUGGAGUAAUUGGGGCGAGGAAGCCUCAGUAUGACAUCUGGGGGAACACAGUCAAUGUAGCCAGCAGGAUGGAGAGCACAGGAGAGCUUGGUAAAAUACAGGUGACGGAGGAGACGGCGGACGUCCUGCAGAAGCUGGGUUAUUCGUGUGAGUGUCGGGGGCUGAUAAAUGUGAAGGGUAAAGGCGAGUUGAGGACCUUCUUUGUGUGCACGGAUAUGACUAAACAGCAAGGAAUAGGUCUGAGCUGAGACGCCACCCGGACUCCUCAGCAUUGGACUUCUCCUGGACCACCAACGCAUCCAACAUCAACAAGCUGCUCGAACAGCACGCGACACACCUGACCUAUGAAUGAUCAUCUGACUCUGCUUCUGUUGGGGGAAAAUCGGAUUUGAGAAAACCACGGAAGUUCCAGACUCCAGCGCAGAGAGGACGACCACCGGUGGACCUGCGGAAAUGUUACGUUUGCACACGAGAUAAGGGCCGCCUUUUGGAUUGAAUAGCACGCGUGGAAAUAAUCGACGUGUCUUACUUUGGCGACUUAAAAAAUGGGAAUCCUAAUAUGAAGUAUGAUGUGAAG